GCUCCGAGAACGGCCGACAUUCAUGGUUCUACUUGCAAAUCUGGCACUGGUGUAAGCUGUACCGUACUAUCGGAACAUUCGGGAGCGCCAGUGUGCAUUGCGUCGUUUACGAAACCGGGGGCACAGACGGGACGAUUUCGGUGAUCAUGGUGCGAUACUGGUUGUUGGCAUUCGUGGCCGGGCUGGCGGUGUCGCUGGUUUUGACGGAGGAUAACGAUUUUGUUGACGUGUGCUUCGGACCCGAGGACGAAAGACCUCCGCACUGUGAGUUUAUCGACUUCGAUGACGUAUUCCAAUCGUCCAGCGCCGACAUCAAGUUCAACUGGAGCCACAUUACGAAGUUGGCGAUCAGCAACAAGCGCAUCAUUGGUAUACCGUCGUCCAUGUUCACCUCGCUGCCGAAUCUGGAGAGUUUCGUCGUGCUAAACAGCUUGUUCUACCGCGAGAUCGACCCGAACAGCUUCCUCGACUGUAACAAACUCAAUCACGUAGAGAUAACGGGCACGAACAUCACGCUGCUGGAGGCCCAUUUGUUUCCCCGAACGCCAAGCCUACGGUAUCUGCUGCUGCAUCACAACCGUCUGUCCGAGAUCAAGCACGAUGCGUUCGAGUUUCUGGGCGAACUGGAGGAGCUCAAUCUGUCCUACAACAACCUGACGCGGCUACCGAGUGGAGUGUUCCACAAGCUACGCAAGCUGCGAACGCUCGAUCUCAACCAUAACCAGCUGAUAGUGCUGACCGUCGACAGUUGGUUUCCUCCGGAGGGUACUGCGACAAUGACCUACCUCGACGCUUCCUACAACGUGAUCGUCGAUAUGGCCUGGUCGGACAUCGCUGUGCGUAAGGUUAACCUUAAGUACAACAAUCUGACCAGCGUCCAGUUGAGCGGCAAUUGCAGCGAGUUUCACGCGUCACACAAUGCCAUCACUCACUUCGCUAUCGGCCAGCACUGCAAUCUGGAGAAGCUCUACCUGGCGCAUAACCGUAUUCAGGGCUUCGAUUGGCUGCAGCGGUGUGCCGGGACACUGCGCUCGCUGGACAUUUCUCAUAAUGUGCAGCAGAAGUCGACGGACUUUUUGAAUCUGAAGCAAAUCACGGCGCUAAACAUCGAGUGCACCAACAUUACCAUCAAUUACAAAACCCUGCAUGAUUUGCGGAGUUUACGCUUCCUGGACAUAUCCUACAACAACCUGAAGCGAAUCGAUAUGGAAAAUCUUACAUCACAGCGACUGCUGGAGCGGCUAAUGGUUAGCGGCAAUCCAAUCGCCAACAUCUCGAUCGCAUCGAUCAAGCGUAACUUUCCCAGCCUUAGGACGCUCGGCAUCUACGAUCUGCCGUGGAACUCGACCUCCCUCUCGAUUGCGAUCGAUGAUCUGAAGAAGCACGAGAUUCAGCCGUACAUACGUAGCGACUAUCUGUUCGACGAUUCCAAGUGUCCGCUGAAGGUAGUGCCCACGCUGGGAAAUGAGGUGGACCACGAGUUGCCAGACUCGGACAUCUCGUUGCUCAAACAGGUGCCCGCCGCUGAUAAGACCGCCGAGUAUGUCGUCAUUGCGUUGCUAGUGUGCAUGGUCUUGGGGUUGCUGGGGAAGCUGUUCAUCGACAGCCGGUACUUCCCGGUGCUGUUCAAGGAGCGCAUCCAACGCCGCUCGUCCAUCUCGCACGAGAGCCUUGUAUCGUGUGAUCUAACUUCCUGACCAGAUACACCCUUAUUCCAAGAUUGUGAAUUGCUCGUAGCAGAUGAAGCAUAUUUCGCUACGUAUGUAAGUAAAGACCCGUGAGGCAUCCUAGAGGUUAGAGUUUGGCUAGCGGAUAAUAAAGGACCCUUUUCGCUUAUUUAGUGAGUGAACAUACUAA